GAGUCUUGGGUUUAGCCGCCUUGCUGAUAUAUAUGGUCACUGCUUUCCUUCCCGGCUGCUCCUCUGGUCCUCGUCACUUCCUCUGCUGCUCCCGCUCCUUCUCUGAAAGAGGAAAAACACCGCUGCCCGCUACCGACCAAAGACUGAAGCUCCUGAGAACAGAUUUAGUGAAUGGACUCACCAAGGGAGUCAUUGAUGAUCUCGUGGAUGAAAUGCAAGAGGCGAGCGUGAUCAACACGUCAGAAUCAGAAGAAAUUCUCCAAGCUCAAGCAACAACGAAAAACAAGGCUCGAUGUCUCAUAGACACCAUUUCAAGAAAGGGACCCCGAGCCAGUGAAAAAUUUAUUGACAGUCUGAACAAAGCAGACAAAGAGCUAUGUGUGAAACUGAGCCUUUGUCUGGUAAAAACAGAUGCAUCGAGUUCUGAUUCAAAGCAAACCUCCGAGACUUCAGCAGGCAUUGGAUCUGUUGUCCCAACCACUUCCACUUUAACAACACCAGAAUUACCCACAUCUCAUGAGUGGAUAACUCCGUGCACACAACGGUACUAUGAGGAGAUUUCUCAGAAGACAAACGAGGUAUACCAGAUAUUGCCAAAACAGGGAAGGAAACGUUUGGCUAUACUGAUUAAUAACAUUGAUUUUGAGAAACCUGAAAUGAAGAGGAAGGGUGCAGAGGUAGAUGAAGAACAAAUGCAGAAACUGCUAAAUGGCUUUGGCUACCAAGUGGAAAAGCACAAUAAUUUAACAGGCGAGGAAAUGAAGCGAGCACUGAGUGCAUUUUCAAAUCGUGAGGAACACUCACAGAACGAUAGCACCUUUGUUGUGCUCAUGUCCCAUGGGCUCCGAGAUAAAAUCUGUGGCAGACUUCACAACGAAUCCAAGGAAGAUACUCUUCAUAUUGACGAUGUCUUUAAUAUUUUAAACAAUAAGAGCUGCAAAGGAUUGAGAGGAAAACCCAAAAUUAUCAUCGUGCAGGCCUGUCGAGGAUCAAACCUUGGCUACGCCUAUGUUAAUGAUUCUGCUAAUGAUGAGCCUGUCGCUGAUUAUGAGGAAGAGGGACCCUUUUACAAAAUACACAAAGAGAGUGAUUUCAUCUGUUUCUGCUCCACCACCCCAGACAAUGUAUCCCUAAGGCAUGUACAAAAUGGCAGCAUAUUCAUCCAAUCAUUAGUCGAUUUAAUGAGGCGAAAUGCAGCAAAGUAUGACGUCGAGGAGAUUUUUUUCCAGGUCCAACAGUCAUUUCAUAACUUUGCCAGACAGCUGCCUGUGAAGGAGAGAGGCACACUGAUGAAGAAGUUUUAUCUGUUUCCCGGCAUUUAACACAUCAGUUUUCAGAAGUGGACUUCAAAGACUGCCCCCACACCCUGCAGCAGAAUAACAGAGAGUGCCCACAAAUUAAAAUUCCUUUCUGAUCUGCUACUGGCAUGGCAAAACAUCUAAGUUUGUUUGGAGAAUUAUUCUUUAAAGCUUUGGGGUCGAGAGGUUAAAUUGUGAUAAAAGAUGUAAUAUGCUAAAACUGAUGAAUGGUGCAUAGGUUAAAGGUUUCUUUGGAUCCUAAUUAUAAUCAUGCUAAAAUUAUUGGUGCUUUUAUUUGCUUUUCUGAAGCAUUAGUAAAUUUCUUUACCAAGACUCAAAUAGACCAGUGCAUUGCUAGUCUGAGUGAUUUACAAUCGUGUAUGUCACUGUCAGACUAUCAAACCUGCUGACCUGCUCACCCAGCUGAGAGACCCUACUUUCUGGGAACAUUCCAACAAACCUGUGGGAGAAGUUUAUCCAUAUAGCCCCUGCUUUCGCCCUGAUAUGACGUAUCUCCAUACUGGAAGUAAUAUCUUAAGAACUACACAGUCAGACCUUUCUUGGCAGGGGCAACAGGGUGACUUGCUAGUUAGCACUGUUGCCUCACAGCACUAGGGACCAGGGUUCAAUUCCAGAUUCGGGCGACUGUCUGUGUGGAGUUUGCACAUUCUCCCCGUAUCUGCGUGGGCUUCCUCUGGGUGCUUCAGUUUCCUCCUGCAGUCCAGGGUGGUUAGGUGGAUUGGUAAGCUAAAUUGCCAAUAGCGUUCAGGGAUAUGUGGGUUAGGCAGAUUAACCAUGGGAAAUGUAGAGUUAUAGGACAGGGGCGUGAGUCUGGGUGGGAUGCUCUUUGGAGAGUCAGUGUAGACUUGGUGGGCCAAUUAGCCUGUUUCUACACUGUGGCGAUUCUAUGGAUUGGUGCUAUAGAGUUAUACAGCGUGGAAACAGACCCUUAGUCUUGUUCAGGUUUCCUAAACUGAUCUAGUCCCAUUAGGCUGGAUUUAGCCCAUUUCUCGCUAAACCUUGCCUGAAAAUGUAGCUGUCCAAAUGUCGAAAUUGUACCUGCUUCUACCACUUUCUUUGGCAGCUCAUUCUAUACGUGACCAUAUUUUUUCUUGAGCUGGAUCUCCAUUGGGUUUCUAUCAUUAGGUUUUCAUUUUUCUUGCUGCCAUUGAUCACACCUUGCACACAGUGCUGUAGAUGCCAGUCAGUCAGUAAUCAGCCUUGCACCUUUCAGCACAAAAUGCAACAGAAAGUGUCCAGUUUCAGACUCUGACACCAACAGGAAGUGUAAGUGCUGCUUUAAGAAUCAACACAAGCACAUGUUUUGCUUCUUCCCAGGAAAUUCCAAGCUCCAAACCCCAGUGCAUCAUUGGAAAAGGCGUAGGCCAUUCAACACAUUGAGUUUGCGAUAAUGUUCAAUUCGCUAAAGGGGGAUAUCUUCUCUUAAAGUAGAUGCAAAAAAGUUUCAUUAGUUUGACUCCUGGGAUGAGAAAGAUGGCUUCAGAGGAGAUGUAGUAUGGAACUGUAUCCUUUGGCAUUUAGGUUGCCACAUUGAAAUGUUAAAAUUCUUAGAAGGUUUACUGAGUAGAUGUUGAGGAUGUUUCCCUUGGUUACAGAGGUUAGAACUAGGGGGCAUUGGUUGAUUCAGGAUAAAGGGUCAACUAAGAUGAGGAAAAAAUUUCUUCACUCAAAUGUCUGAAUCCUUGGAUUUCUGUAUCCCGAAUGACUGAGAAUGCUUCAUUAAAAUGUGUGUUCAAGACUGAAAUUGUUGGAUUUUGGAGAAUGAGUGAAUAUAGGGGUAUGUUGGAAAAUGGAGUUGGUGUGGAAGUUAAUCUGUUAUCAUAUCCAAAUGGCUGAGCAGAACUGAGGAGGCAAAUGUUCCACUGCAGCUUCUAUUUCUUACGAUCGGUUAGACCAAGUCUGCACUUGGAUUCCACUUACUCACCUCAGUUCCAAAGCUGGUGAUACCUUUAUCGCACACAACUCUAUUGAUCUCAGUCUUGAAGCUCCAAUUUACCCAGCAGCCAUAGCCAUUCCGAAGUGAGAAUUCCAUAUUUCUCCAACCCUUUUGUUUGGAAAAGUGACUUAUCUCUCAUUUUGAAAUUAUCUAUCUUCAUUCUUAUUUGACUUACCAUAGCAAAUAUUUUGUUUACAUCUAUCUUUUUGUAUUAUGUUAACAUUUUAAACAUCCUGAUCACAUCGUUCAUCAAACUCCUGUACUCAGGGGAGUACAAGCCGAUUUAUUGAACCUGUUCUCCUGUUUAACACUGUAGGCCAUUCUGGUGACUAUCUCUACGACCAGUAGAUCCUUCCUAAAUUACAGUGUGCAAAAUUGAAUGCAGUAAGGUCAGUUCCAAGGCUUUGUACAACAUGUACAUGCAAGUGCUUGACUAACACUUAACUAAGGACACAGCAGAAACUCAAAUUCUGUGAUUCUUCAGCUGAACAAAUAGUGAUUGGAAUCAAAAGUUUUGGGCAGCAGAGGGCAGUCACUACCAGACUUGGCCUGUUUUGUGUGAAAUCACUCAUGCAGUAACUUUGUUUAAUGAGGUGAGUCUGUGUUUACAUUGCUACUCUAGACUGAAGAUUCCAAUCUAUUUUAUUCUCAGUGAAAAUCUUACAGUAGUUGGAAAUGAUUGAAUUGUUGAGUCUAACAGCAAGGUAUUUUUUGCUUUCGCUGGUUCAUCUGAAUGUUGAUAAAGCUUGUUAGGUUAAUUCAUUUGCUGCUGUUUCUACUGAUUUUUAAAAAAUGAUACU